GGCGGGGAGGGGCGAAGAGGCUGAGGGAUGGUGAACACGGAAAUGGGUAGUUACAACAGAAGAUCGAAUUACUUACCUUGAUCAUCUCUUGGUAGUCAUGAUCAGAGCAGACAAUAACACAGCUUAACGCCUGAAAAGUAUGGCAGGUCACAGCCCAAUAAGAUACCCCAUACCCCUGCUCCCUCGCUUCCCCCGACCCACCGCUCAAGAUGGUGCCCUAUACCCCAGCUGCCCCGCGUUCCCCACCCCCCGCACAACCUCCACUCUGCAUAACCGUCCGUGCGGAAAGCGUGUCACUGAAAUUAGCUGAAUUAGCAACGCUAUUUGAAUCCUGGAGCUGCGGAUUGCUUGCAUUGUUUCUGGUUAGUUUCUACGCAAAUCUUUCUAAAUUGCAGGUGUUAGAAAACCUCAUGGAAAACACCCUAACUAUACCUGUUCGGACAGUACGCAAAUUUAAUUGAGAGCUUCUUUCAUUAUCUCCAAUCUUCCAACAUGGCCGACAAUCCUGGCGUAGAGAUGUGGACAAUUGUUGACGUAAACGAUGCGCCUGAAAAAAAUGGUUCCGCGAACCAGAGCAACGACGCGGAGCUUGAAGCUAAGAAGAUGGAGGAGGCCGGCAGUCCAACGCUGAUAAACCAUGAAGAAACCCAGGAGAGCCUCGAUACGAUUUCAGUUACUCCAGGAGAUACUGGUGGUGGAAACAGCCUGGUUUUUAGCACGAAAUACGAAGAUCCCGCCACAAAUGUGAUUGCCAACGUGACAAGCGUGGGGGACUUGAGAGAGAAGGUCACUCUUUCGUGGAAGAACAUCAAUGUUUUCGUGCCUCAGGCCAGAGCUUCGAUCUGCCGGCGAUUGUGCUGUGGUGAAAAAGAUGACGAACCGAAAAUCAAGCAGAUCUUAUUUGAUGUUAGUGGAAAAAUUGAGGCUGGAUCAUUGUUGGCUGUCAUGGGGUCAAGUGGAGCAGGUAAAUCUACCCUUAUGAAUGUGUUAGCACAUCGUAACAUUGCCCAGGUGCAAGUGACUGGAACAGUGGCAGUGAAUGGGCAACCCACUGGCAUUGACAUCAAUGCAUUGUCAGCAUAUAUCCAACAAGAAGACUUGUUCAUUGGAUCACUGACAGUUCGGGAGCAUCUGACGUUUCAGGCUGCUCUUCGUAUGGAUAAACACACUCCUAAGGAGAGGCGAAAUGAACGAAUUGAGGAGGUCAUAUUGGAGCUUGGAUUAAAGAAGUGUGCCGACACAGUCAUUGGUAUACCAGGUAGACUGCGAGGAAUUUCUGGUGGAGAUAAGAAACGAUUAGCAUUUGCUUCAGAGGUACUAACCAAUCCUCCAUUACUGUUUGCUGACGAACCAACAUCUGGUCUUGAUGCAUUCAUGGCUCAGAGUUUGAUAGCUUCACUUCAGCGUCUUGCAGCCAGUGGUCGAACCAUCAUGUGCACUAUACAUCAACCCUCGUCUGAAGUUUAUGCCAUGUUUGACAGUAUUUUACUGUUGGCUGAAGGGAGGACAGCAUACAUGGGCUCAACAGCUGAAGCCUUAUCAUACUUUAGGAGCCUUGGGUAUCCUUGCCCCAUGAACUUUAACCCUGCAGAUUAUUUUGUUCACACGUUGGCCAUUGUACCUGGAGAUGAGGAAAACUGCAAGGACAGAGUUAAGGAAAUCUGUGAUGUGUACAGUGAACGAGCAGCAGAAGAAGCCAAAGAAGAAACUGGAUACAACAGACAGGUUGGGAAAAGCUUUACUUUUAAUGGGGGUGGCUAUGUGAUACAGCUGGGUGCCUUACAAGUCAUUUUAAUUCAAUUGACAAGCAGUAAGAUAACUUCUGUGUUUCUUUUUAUGAUUCUGAAAGUAGAUGUACGCAGGGGCGGAUCAGCAUUUUUCUCCUUGGGAGUGUUUUACUUUAACGCCAAUACACCACAUUUGGUUUAUUUUUUUGGGGGCAGAAUACCAGUUAUAUUAGAAAGCCGCAUGUCAUCUCAUGACACGCGGGGGUUGGGUGAUCCACCCAGGUUAAGAUUCAACAUGAUGAUAGAGACUGUUCAGCUAGCUUGCUUCAAAACUUACAAUGGCCUGAAAAAUCCUUAUCCUGAAGAUGAUGACGUCUCUAUUGUUAGUGAUCCACGAUCGCCACAGCACUGCACCAAGCUGCCGACACCAUGA